GGCUUCCCUCCCCUCUCCACCAUAUCCAUCCUUUACCGCCGUCAGCUCCCAAUCGGCCUCCACGUCCGUCGCCGGCCUUCUCGACGUCCGCGCUCCUCCACGCCCGCCUCCGCUCCGGUCACCGGCGGCCGCGCUCCUCCGCACCGGCGCACGCCUCCACCCCGGUCGCAGGCGAGGUGGCCGCUCUCCUCCGCGCCCAUCGCGGGCCGCUGGGUGCCUCUGCGACCGCCUCCGCGAGCCGCCCGGUCACAGCCCGCCCAUUUUUUUUUGAGGGUCACAGCCCGCCCAUUUAAGUGUAGCGUGCACGUGCGGUCUUCCCACGCGGCCCACUGAGCGGCCCAUCGGUCAGCGAACCGACCGAUCGCGCGCGUCGCCGACCUCCUGCGCGGGGCGAGUCCGCCCGCGCGAUUGCAACCGCGGCACGCACAAGAGGCGACUGAGCGGCGGCGGCCGCCGCGGGACCGCUCUCCCGAGACGAUCACCGUUGAUGGCGCAGGGAGAGGCCGACACGCCCGGCGCCGGCACCGCAGGCAGGACGGUGAAGCUCAAGGACCUGGUCCCGGCGGCGACCAACACGGUGAACACGACGUUCAUCGUGCUCGACAAGGCGGCGCCGGCGGCCCGCCCGCCCCACCCCCACGCCCACGCCCAGGCCCAGGCCCGCGGUGUCGAGGAGGUGACGUGCCUGGCGCUGGUGGCGGACGACACCGCGGCGGCGCACUUCCUGCUGUGGGGCGGCGAGUGCGGCGCCUUCGAGCCGGGCGACAUCGUGCGGCUCACGGACGGCAUCUUCUCGUACCACAGGGGGAACGCGCUCGUGCUGCGCGCGGGCCGCCGCGGGCGCGCGGAGAAGGUGGGCGAGUUCACCAUGCUGUUCGUGGAGACGCCCAACAUGAGCGAGAUCCAGUGGGGGCGCGACCCCGGCGACCCCCGGAGGAUGGUGCAGGAGGCCGUCGUCUCGCCCUACUCCCAGUUCUUCAAGCCGCCGCCGCGGUGAUCUUGCUUCCAGCGGCGUCGCAGCUUGCGGCAUGGCCAUUCUCGCGCAAAGUGUGACCACCUUUGAUCUCAACCAAUUUUGUGUGUAUGCCUGAACUUCUGAAACAUAGAGAUAUUUACAAUCCUGUGAUCAAGAAGACUCAAACGAAACGCACAAGCUCUCUGAAACCCGUAUCAGCUGUCAGCGGCAAAUUGUUGAGGAAAUAUAUAUUGGCACAGGACCCUGUGCAUUACAGUU